CUCCCCCAUCCUGCGUCUACUUCUAGUUAAAUCUUUAUCCCGCCUUGCCUGACCCGACCUAGAUGCCCUCUACUAAGACUAUGUAGAUAUAAUCACGUUGUCCCCAGCUCUAUUUAUCAAUUAUCUUACUACCAGUCUGUUUCCAUCGACGAGACAUGAAGACCUCGCUUCUUCUACUCGCAGCCCCGCUGGCUGCGGCGUUCAUACUGCCUAACGAGCAGCAGAUUCUCUCUGUGUUUUCGGAUGACGAUAAUAAUAAUAACAAUGCGAUUGCUGACGCUCAUCAUCAUGAGAAAUCGCUGACUGCAAAUUCUCAUCACUCGUACGAUGGAUUGGAGGAGGAGAUUGAUUCUUAUUCCAUCCCCGAUGCCCUAGCCUGGCAUCAUGUAUCUGGUCUGGUAGAUGCCUUGCAAAGCCAUAUCGCUCAGGAUAUGAAGGAUCUGGAGGGACCGCCACCUUCAAAGGGGGAAAAAUGUCAUCAUUCGAAAUACGAUAAGAAGAAGAAGAAGAAGAAGCACCAUGCAGAUGAGCACCAUUUCGAAGAUGGAAAGGGUCAUCAUGGACAUGGCGCGCAGAGGGAUGUAUUUGAUGCUCCUCCUCCCCAUAAGCCAGGGUUCUUCGACAAGGUCAAGGGGCAUCUCAUGCACUUCUUCGGGCCGCCUCGUCAUCAUGAACUGGAUGGUUAUGGAUAUGGAAAGCCACCGAAGCACGCAGGAUUCCCUCACCACCACCACCACCACCACCACCCUCACAAGUACAAUCAGACAAUCUACGAACUAAUUUCCAGCAGCAACCACACGCGCAUCUUCACCAAGAUCAUCAGCAAAUAUGACGAAGUCGUCGAGUACCUAAAUUCAACAAAGGCAAACUACACUAUCUUUGUCCCUCUAGACGAUGCGUUCCGACACAUCCACCACAAACCAAAUGUCAGCAAGGCUGCCGUCCUCAAAUGGCUCGAGUACCACGUCUCACCCAAGGUCUUCACUAAGCGCGACUUUUUCGAAGUCCAGACCGUCCCGACCUUCCUGCCUGAAGGGAACGAUGGAAAAUUCCCGCAGCGGAUUAGUACGCAGGUUGGAUUCAGAGGAUUGUCAUUGAACUUUUUCGCUCAUGUUAUUCGGUCUGAUAUCUUCGCUACCAACGGCGUCAUCCACGGCAUUGACGAAUUCCUCAUCCCUCCCUUCGGCGCCGCCGACACUCUUGAACUUCUCCCCUCCGUCUUCAGCACGCUGAAUCUGGGGUUGAUCAAAACCGGGUUGAUUGACAUCUUCAACUCCGAUGUGCCCAAAUCCGGUGGCACGUUUUUCGCACCUUCAAACCACGCCUUCAACACGCUGGGCCCGAAGAUCAACGCCUUCCUGUUCAGUCGUGUGGGCCGGCCAUACCUCAAGGCGCUGUUGAAAUACCACAUCAUCGCAAACCACACGCUCUUCUCGGAUGCUUAUUACAAGCCCAAAUCUACGGAGAGCCAGGUCAAGCAUGGGCAACAUUUGGAUCUUCCUACGCUGCUACACAAUAAGCCGCUCAGCAUUGAUAUCUAUCAUCUCCAUCGUCUUGCGCAUAUUGUGCUGAAUGACAAGACGCAUGUCGUGGUGCCGAAUGUUCCGGUUAGGGAAGGCGUAAUUCAUGUCGUUUCGACGGUCAUUAUUCCUCCUCGCCCGGACUCUUCACGCGAAGAGAGUGAGGAACCUGACCACCCUCCUACGGGCGAAUAUCUGAGCGUGCGUGAUCUGAAGGAGCGGCUGGAAGGAUAUCUCGACUGAGCAGACUGCACCGCUGACCGGCCCGUAACUCCACUCUUCAAUUCUUCUUAACCUUAUUAUUAACGUGUGAUUUGAUCUCACCACUUUUAAAUUUCUUGUGUGAGGAAUGUAUGUUAUCUAGUUCUAUAUGGCAGGCAGAUUUAUAAAUUGGAAGUCCAUUCGU